AUGUGGGUUUUGAUUAAUUCGUUGAAACCGAAGGCUAAUGACGACAAACAUGUAAUACAAUCUAAUGAUAAUAUUGGAAAUGAUGCUGCAUUAGAACAAAUGGCUGAUGCACAUAGUAAUGAAGACAAUACAUUCAUGAAAGCGUUCAUUCAGAAUGUUGGUAAUAAUUUAAAAACAUCUAAAAAUAAUUAUCAAUAUAAUGAGUAUGUUAAACGUUUUGCAUUAUCAUUGUACAUAUUGGCAUGCCGAAACGCCUAUGAGUUUGUAAGAAUUAAUCUACCUGGUGUCAUACCAUCAAUAGCAACAAUAGAAUCUUAUAUGAAAUGCACCAAUAAUUUUCAUACAUUAGAAAAUUGGUUUAAAACAGCAGAAAAAUCAUCAUUACUGAAUUUACUUAUGUUUCAACCAAUAACAUCUAAUUUAUCACAAUCAGCGCCGUUCACACUGGCUGCGUAUGGUCCAAACAAUAAAGUAAUAUCUAUCGACAUAAUUCGACGAUGGUUAUAUAUUUAUAAUGAAUGCUUAAAACAAUCAAUUCGUAUUAUCGGAUUCAGCACGGAUUGUGACGCAAAGUAUUUAAAAUCUAUGAGAUUUGUUAGCGGAUUUUUUGCUAGUUUACCUAAUAUUCCAAUAAUUGGCAAUAAGGAUGAUAAUUUAUUUGAAAUUAAUAUUCUUGCCAAAUGGUCAUCGUGGUUUUUUCUAAACAAGCAAGCACUUUAA